UAAACACCAUUGGGGUGCGCGCGACCGUAACGAUAGUGGAAUGUUGCGUGUUUGAUGUUGCAAAGCAAGAAGUUUGACAACUCCUCUGCCAUUCGAGUCGUCCUCUCCUUGCCUAUACACCCUGUCUGUAAUAUUAUUGCGGUGCGGUGUCUGGUGUGUACAGGCCCCGGUCCUCGCUAGAACCUCCAACCGUCGCGCUGAUAGCAUCCGGGCAUUUGGUUGCAUCGAUCUCCACUGGCAGCAAAGAUAUCACUGCACCAUCAAGCUAACCUUCCUACAUUGGUUUUCAGCAGUCCCUGGGUAAGCAGAUCUUUGUUACCAGAGAAGAUCCACACAGUCUUCAUCUCCACCUUCCAUGAGCUUCUCUAUUAAUACACACAAACCAGUCAUCCAGAAGUGUAUUUUAUAAAUUCUUCCUAUCAAGACAGUUGCUGUGACAGGACUGAGAUCUAUAUCGGUACAAUAUUUGCCUGCUCCUCGUGCUCCUGCCUGCUGUGACUGCACUGAGCUUGGUGUACAGUACAUUACAGUGCAUAGCAUUGAGGAAUGCGCCAGGACGGACUAGUACAGAUGGCAUCAGCAAGUGAUUCCAAGUGGCAGAAGGAUGCUGCAGACCAGAACUUUGACUACAUGUUCAAACUUUUGAUAAUUGGAAACAGCAGUGUGGGAAAGACUUCCUUUCUCUUCCGAUAUGCAGACGAUUCUUUCACAUCAGCCUUUGUCAGUACAGUUGGUAUUGAUUUCAAAGUAAAAACAGUCUUCAGACAAGACAAGCGGGUGAAAUUACAGAUAUGGGACACUGCUGGGCAGGAGAGGUACAGAACAAUAACGACUGCUUAUUAUCGUGGUGCUAUGGGAUUUAUUCUCAUGUAUGAUGUGACCAAUGAGGAGUCCUUCAAUGCAGUUCAAGACUGGUGCACUCAGAUCAAGACGUACUCCUGGGAUAAUGCGCAGGUUGUCUUAGUGGGCAACAAGUGCGACUUGGAGGAUGAGCGGGUUGUGUCAGCAGAGAGAGGGAAACAGUUGGCAGAUCAACUAGGUCUGGAGUUCUUUGAAACUUCAGCCAAGGAGAACAUCAAUGUGAAGGCAGUGUUUGAGCGACUGGUGGAUAUCAUCUGCGAUAAGAUGUCGGAGUCCCUUGACUCUGACCCAACAUUGGUUUCCAACACCACCAAGGCAACACGACUGACGGAAAAUCCUAACAUGCAGAGUAACAGCUGUGCUUGCUGACCUGUACCUGCAGACUCAUCACUCCCCCACAAAACCACCUAUCACCACACCUACGCCUGUGACCGCCAACAACAACAAAUAAAACAACAGCAACAACAGCUAUGAUCUGUCCCCUUGCAGACAGCAUUAGUAUCAUUUGCAGUAAGACAACAUGCUGCUUUGUGUUUACAGUUUGCAGAGGAUGCUUACUAUAGUGUGGGAAUUAAAGUUGGGGGUAGCGGGGAUCAAAGAGAAAAGAACUGGUUGUAGAGAGUAGUGGGAAGUGGGUAGCCAAGUUUUAUGGAGACAGUUGUUUGACUGCUGAUUAUGGCUGCUGGUUUUUUCCCUCCCAACAAGCUAUAAAUCAGAUUGUACCAGACUGUCUUUAUCACAGGGUUGUAUUCCCCUAUGUACACAGAGCUGUUUAGCACUGUUGGGAGAGGGUUGGGGGAGGGGCUAGAUGCAGUCAAAACAAGUGGUGGGAGGACAAAGACCUGGUGUGGAUUUUGUGCAGUUGAGCUGUCAUUUUGUGGUAGGAGAGAAUACACAUGCAGGUUUGUCAGGUGCAUUUUGUUUGAAUGAUACAGUGAGUAUAUCUACAGGGAAAAAAAUUAUUGACCAAUUUUGCACAGGACUUGAUAGUAAGAGCAAAUUUUUGUAGUCGUUUCAUUUGGAAGGGAUUGCACUCUUUGUUUGCAGUUGCUUUCUCUGUGGCUGCUGCCAUGUUGAGAGUAUGUCACAUGCACAAAGAUUGGCUGUAUUUCCAAAAUAAUAGAUAUUUUUUAUUUCUUAGGGACUAAGGGCACUAUUCAGAAGCAGGAGAUGACAAUGCCAGUCUCACCUGCAACAUGUUUUUGUUGAUUAAACUGUAGAAAAGUGUUCUGUACUUGAUAUUGUCUCUUAGCAUUUUUGGAACAAUUUGAUAAAGGGUGAAACAUGUCCAGGUAACAUUUGUUCAGUCGUUACCUUUUAUGUUCCUCUGUAUCAAGAUUUUCUCCUGACCCAUUCACAACAUGAUAUAGAGAGCUUUAAAGCUUUGAUUAAAUUAAGCUGUACAGUUCACAAAGCCUUCUACAGAUUUUUGUUGGCUGCUUGAAAUCCUAUAGUAGGUGAGAUGUGCAACUGGGCAAUGUGCAAGCAAACUUUUAUAGAGCUAUUUCUAAUGUUUGUCUUAAAGUAGAAUAUUCUUAAGUUUCAACAGGACAUAAUAAAGUUACUCUCAGCAUGUGGUAAUAGUUGGGGAUUAUUUACCAUAAAAGAUUUGAUUGAGAGGAAGGAAGCUGUUUUAGAACCUUGGCAGUUUGUAGGACAAUAAUACUUAUUACUAUCAUUGUCUGUGCCAGAAUCCUUCAAACAUUGUAAAAACCUGUUUGUUUACUAGCAAAAGGUAAAUGAUAGUAAUUCAUAUUGUUUUUUUGGUGAAGGAGUCAUGUCAAAACACAUAAAGAUGAGAGAAUCAGUAUCUUGGUCAACACAUUUGAGCCCUAUUUUAUAUUACAAAUGUUGUAGGAAUUGCACAUAGCGCAACCAAAGAUGAUUUUUAAGUAGUAAAUGUCCCAUACCCAACUGAGUGAGGCUGCCCAAAACCGGGUCCACCGGUGAGGUGGUGUUGCAGCCUUAUGCUCCUCGAGGAGUAACAAGGAAUGAACUGAACUGAAAUGUCCCUUGAUAGUUACAAGGAUGGAUACCAAAAAAUGUCUAAUUAUAAUUCCUUUAAGUGAAAUAAAACCAGGGGGUGAGGCAGAACCCACAGUUUCACUUUCAACUUUUUCUUAGGCCAGCAGUGAGAGUUGAUGCAGGAAAAAGGAAAAACUAGUUUCAAAUGUCCACAUGCAUAAAGCAGAUUUAGGUGAGAGAAUGUGCUCACUAUAGGUUUGUUGCUGUUUCCUUUUUCUGUCCUGCUGAAGAAAUACCAGCAUGGCUUGCCCUGGGAAAGAUUGUAUUUCUUAUAGAAAAGACUGAAGUUGUGAUAAUGAUAACAUGGUUUCUCAUUAAGAAAUAUAAUCUUUCAAAGAAUUUAAAUUUAUUGAUUUGUGUUGUUAUAUUUGGGGGAAAGUACAUAAUGUGAUUUUUGUACAGAUUAAAUGUAGCAUAAUUUUUGUCUCAAAUGGACCCUGAUUUUUGUCUCCCUUUGUUCUGACCACAAGGUCAUUGCUAUAGACAGGAUAAUGCACUUUUAAUAACAUUCUCCUGUGCGUGUUGUUCAUAACUGUAGAUUAUCAUCACAGUAGGCAUUCUAAAGAAAACAAGACAGAGGAGGUUUCACAGAAAGGUGACUUGAAGGUUUUGAUCUUUAUAUUUGUGUUUUGCAUAGGAAUAUGGUCUUCAAUUAUAGCAACUAAACAUGCAACAUAAAAACCAAGUACGUCUUCAAACGCAUGCCAGCAUCAAAGACUUUAGCCCCAUUAGACAAAUGCAUGAAAAAGAUUUUUUUAAUAAAGGUGGGGGUUGUGAAACAGUAUGCUUGCAAGUUUCACUAAAUUGUUUGUAUAUUAAAAAUAGUUACUAAUAUUUUCAGUGCAAUUAUGUGUCUGUUUAUGACAAUUGUUAUCCAGAGCAGGUAUAAGUUUUUUAAAUAUUUUUUUUAAGUCUUUGAUUUGUUUAUCAGUGAGAAGUAAUCCAGACUUUGAAAAAAGUCAUAUAGGAUUUUUUUUAAAUAAAUCACCACAGCUUUAUUGGAAAGCAUCAUUGAUGUUUGACAGCUUCUGCUUCAAGGUGCAGGAAUAGUUGAAGCUUGCGAUUAGGAGGAGAGGGGAGGGGAAGGGGGAAAUGCUUUCUUCCUUUGUUGCAUGUCCUCUUCUAAGUAACACACACACACACAAAAAAGCCUUAGGCAGAGUUUCUCCAAUUUCUGCUUGCUGAUGGCUCAUAUUUGCAAACACCUGUAAAUGUCUUUUACCAUUGAGAAAAUUGAGAGAAGACAAAUUGUCAUUUCAGUUUUCUGUCACAUAUUUUUUAUCAAUAAGAUGCAGAAAAGAAAGAAAUCCUCUUGGUAAGAGCUUUUUGCAGGACUUUUACGCUGAGGAAACGUUUUUUUUUUAGUGUGUUACAGCGGCUGUCCUGUUAAGAAUCCAUGGAUGUCUCUUACCUCAACUGAUUUUUUUUACACAUGAUUGUGAAGUGUACUUUCCACUCCAUACAGUUAACAUUCCAGAAAAUUUAGAAUUGAUUGCCGAUCAACAGUAGCACUGCCCUAUUGUGGGAAGUAGCUAUAGUCACUAAAUACAUAUGACCUUUGCAGUGUGAGGCUCUAUGGUCUUAACUGACGAGGUGAAUAUUCUGCUAUAAACUGCAUCAGCUAGUAUAGUUCAUUUGGUGGAGGUGGUCCAGGUUAGUCUGCUGUCAUGUACUUUCAACACUUCUUCUCUCACCUGUGAUUCUGAUACCUACUGCAUUUAAUAUGUAAUAUAGGUUGAGACUCUCUGACACUUAAUUUAAUAUGUAAUAUAGGUUGAGACUCACUGACACUUCAUUUAACUUUGAUUUUUUCUUUUCCUCUUUUAAAAUGUGAGAUAUAUAUUGCUUGUUUUAUAGUAAUCCAGUGUGGGUCAUUUUCUUCUCACAUUCAUUAUUUUACAUUGUUACUGGGUUAUGUAUUAAAGCCAUUUAUUAUUUGGUAUUAACUUUGUUCUGUUUGCUUUUCUUUAUGCUCUUUUAUGUUUUACUUUACAUUCCAUGACCAGGAACAUCCAAAGAUCUGAGUUGACAUUUUGUCAUCUGCAGAAUAAAACAUUCCAGCACUCUGUAGAAUUCUGUGGUUUACAAGCCAGAUGAUGUUCAUAGAUUCCAGAUUUUCAUGUAAAAUUCUCAGGAAUCUAGUCGUAUUCUGUUUUAGGUGACAUUUAGUGUCCAAGUUGUCUUGGUAAACAUGGUGUUCAUGGCUGUGGUAGGUUCUUCAAAUCAACCUAUUCACAUUUGAAAGAUAUUGAUAAUAGUGUAACACUCACUUAACAAAGUAAUUUAACAUAUUCCUGGUGAUAGCAAGUAAAAGCUUCUUGCAUAAACCUGAAACUGCAGGAAAAGGAAGGAAAGAAGAAUGCCUGAAAGAGGAUAUCCUAAGUCUUCCCUCGCUGGUGGCAUUUUAACAGAGUAUUGAGAGGACUUCUCAUGGAAAGAUCUUUUGCUGACUUUUUCUAUGUGCUCUUCCUGUCCACUAACUUUUCGUUUACUGUAAAAUAAGAGGUUUCAAGCCAUCACUGCAUGUCUGCAAUGUUUGCAUUUGACCCUUUUUUUUCAACCCAGGCUACACUGGCAAUUAAUUUUUAUGUGAGAAAUUUUUGUUUGUACAGACUUACAGUGCAAUACAGUGUCUUCUGUGACACUGAGGUGCUGUAUAUUGCUCAUUGCAGGCUGUGACAUUGCUAGUGGCUGAGAUUCACAUGAGCUAGCAAUCAUUGCAUGUUUCUUGUAUUUCUCUGACAAUUUUUUUCUUUUGGUUCUCAUAUUCUUGUUUGAAAUUGUUGAGAAAGUGACCCUUUGAUGUGUUCAUUCCCUUUACUCCAUGUAGAUAUAGCCUGCAUAUAUCUUCAUGCCAGUUCAUGAUUAUGUUGCUAGUUUUCAGGUCAAUAUUCUGUCAGGCACUUGUAAUAUUUGGUGACAACAGGAAGUUGAGUUGUGUGUCUGGUUGUGCAAUUUCUGCCUGGAAUCUCCCAAACAUCUCAUUGGUAAUUAUAUGUAUUCAUCCUACUUUGUGCUGGAUUAAAAAGAAGAGAGAGAAAAACAGCAAAGUCAGUAGACCUUCAUACAUAACUGUGAUUACAGAAUCAUAAAGUUGAUGCUUCAUUAAUGCAAGAGUUCUUCUCCUCUGGUAUUUGUUUUCCAUGCCACACUUGGUCAGGGUUUCUUCCGUUUCCUGGGCUGCUUUUUUUCUCCCCAGUUGAAAACAACCAUGCAGACCAUACUUGUCAGAGAAAAACAGGUGCUUUUCUAGCCUUGUUUUCUCCUUGUGCUUUAAACAAUCAUCGCAAUAAUGUGGACUGUAUAACAUAUAUUGUAUGAAGUGAUAUAUGAAAGGUCCUUGCACUUUUUUUUUCUUUGGAAUGUAUAAGAACCAUGGGGUUUGAUAUGCAAGAUCAUUCUUACCGCAGAGCAGAUUUUUUUUUUAAUGGUAAGGCAGUCAUAUGGAAUGUUGCUUUAAAAAAGCAGAAAUGAUCAUGUUGGUGAGAAAGACUCAGUCUUGAUGUGGUGUACCAUUAAUUCCUUUCUCACUGAGUACAUAUUUAAGGACCUUACAUUGUGACAUUUAGAAUGCAGCAACAGACUGACAAGACAGGGAUUGUAGCUGCAGUUUUCUGUCAAUAGAUUGGCUAGAUUGGAUUCCUACUUUCCUGGUCCUGUGUGACAAAUUGGCCAGGAUUUGUAGGACCUUGGGCCAAUGACAAUGGUGUGAAUAUUUCUUGUGAUUUUUAUCCAGACAUUGAUAAAAGACUGAUUUGACAAGAUAUGGGAUCGUGGCUUUUUUUGUGACAGCGAGAUUGACUCUUGAGAAAAGUUUCUUUAAAAUAGUUUACUUGUUAUGGUCUAUCUACAUGCUUAGUUGCUUCCUAUCAUUACUCUUUGCUAUAAAUCUCUUUUUGAAGCAGUUGUAAUAAUUAUUGUCAUUGAGAUAGCUGAAGCUCCCAGUGUUAUCUUUGAAGCCAAAAUCAUUUUCAUAGUCCUGAAGUGGGAUGAUAGACUGGCAGAUGAUUGUAAGGCACACUUGCAUCUAGAGUUGCUUUGGAGUGGUUUUCAUACAUAAAGUGAUAUAGCGGAAUGUACAACAGUUUUUAUUUUUUUAAUUUUUUUUUUUAAGGAUUGAUAACAUUUAUCAGGGGUUUACAUACAUAAAACACAAAUUUUAUCUUGUGGAAUUAUUGUAUUUGUAGGGAGAAAGUCACUAGACAUGCAGUUUAAAAGAUUUGGGUCACUGUCCUUGAAAGGAUUUUGUCAGCUGGAUAAAUUAAUGCAGACACUGUGAAUUGUUGUGAUGUGUGAAGCUUUUGUUUCUUCAGAAAGAGUGUGUGAUUUUCAUUGUAAACUUAUGUCAGUGCACAGCUACCCGUGCUGCACAGUGUGUUCAGUAUAUCAAAUUCAUUUUUAAGGCGGAAAACUGCAUGUCCAUGUUCAGUUCUUUGUCUCAUUUUGUCAGAUUUUUUUUGUGUAGAUACAAGUGAAGAUAUUGGUGUUUUAAUCUUAUAGGGGAAGGAAACAAGUGUAUCAUAGAUGAUGUGUUGCCGUUUAAUUUGUCUGCUCAUUUUUGAGGGUGGACUAUCCAGCCCUAAACACACUCAUGAGGCGUGUAUCAUUCCAAGUUAUGGUUUAUGUUGAUCGUAGAGCUGACUGAUGCUGGCAUAAAGCAUUUCUGACUAUUUGG